AUGAACAACGAGCAAUUUCGCCGCCUCCUCUUCGACAACCAACUGAAAAAUAACCAUGACUCUUCACUUGACAAAGUGGGAUCCCCACUCAGCCGGGACGCAAGUCGCUCCAGACCAUUGGCCCUGGGAUCGAAGAUGAGAUCCAGCAUCCCCAUGACGCCUCGUUCCGUCACCGGUGUAGAUUUUGCACGUCAAUUAGUUGAACAACGCCGUGAAUCACAGCCUCCUGCUUCAAAGAAAUUCAGAUCUUCCGCUGCUCCCAAAGGCUCCAAAUUAGCUGAAGGAUACCAUGAUCGGACUCUUCAACGGAGGGCGAGUCAUGAAAGGGAGGAUAAUGGUGAAGUGGUUCAGAGAGGUGAUGAACUGGAAAACAGAGUUCGGGCGUUGGAAGACAUGGUUAAACUUGGCCAGAUUGACCAGAUUACGUUUGAGAAACUUAGGGCAGAGUUUGGAGUUGGGGGGGACGUCAAGAGCACACAUUUGAUUAAAGGGUUGGAUUGGGAAUUACUACGGAGGGUGAAAGCUGGGGAAGAUAUAACUGCUCCUCCUCCUAGCGCUGAUGAAGGUGAUGGAAAGGGGGAGCGAGAGAAGGAAAGUGUGCUGGAUGUGGAUGCGGAGUUUGAAAUGGUUCUUGAACAGAAGGAGAAGCAGGUCAAUGAACCUAUGGUACGAACUGAAAAAGCUAAGAAAGGGACUAUGGCUUCUCCACCACCAACUGCUGCGCGGAGAAUGACUCGAGAUGAGAUUCUGAAGCAGCUAAAGGCUAGUCGGGCUUCCACUGGUUCUCAGAAUACUAUCUCUGAGCCUCCGGCUUCUACGCUAGGCGAAAAGUUUAAAAAGAUUGGGGCCAAACCGGAGAAAAAGCGAUGGAUUGAGAAAGAUGCCCAGGGCAGAAGAAGGGAAGUUCUACUUGCUACUGAUGCAGAGGGAAAGACAAAGAGGAAAGUCCGAUGGCUUGAUAAGCCAGAUGAUCCGGCGCCGAAAAUUGGAGAUGGCGGGCUUUUGCCGGUAGACAAGGGUGCCGCUCCUCUGGGCAUGGAUGUCCCCGCUGAAGUUCUGUUACGAGCCCGUGCAGCUGCUGCUGCAGCUGCUGAGGAAGAGGAUGAUGAUAUCUUCCAAGGAGUUGGGAGGGACUACAACCCGCUUGCUGGUGUUGAAGAGGAUGAUGGUAGUGAGUCUUCGUCGUCUGGCGAAUCGGAUGGUGAAGUAAAAGAGAGAGGCCCACCUCCCCAAGAUCUGGAUUCACGGGAUACCACCCUCGCAGAGUCGCUACAAACACCCAUGGAACCUUCAAAACCCCGGAACUAUUUUGAUACAUCCUCCACUCGGGAUGAUAUAGAAAAUUCUGAUGGUCCUAAAUCACUUUCAAGUGACCCAACCAUUCUUGCUGCCCUGAAGCACGCAGCCGCGAUUAGACAGGCAUCCUCAUCCAUUCUUGAUGAUGAAGCUGAUCUAGAUGAAGCAGCAGCUUUGAAACGCAAGAAAUUCCUCGAAGAGGCCAAGAAACGAGAUAGAGAAGAUGCAAUGGAUUUGGAUCUAGGGUUUGGUGGAAGUCGAUUUGGAGAUGACGAAGAUGAAGAAGGAGUUUGGGAAGGCGAAGGACGCGGCCCAGGAAGUAAAAGAAAACGGGGGCCCAAGAAGAAAAGAGGCGACAAAGAUAGUGUCAGCGAUGUUAUGAGGGUGCUGGAAGGGAGACGCCAUAAGGGAAAAUAA